AUGAAGCUUCCUUUCCUGUUUCUUGCCAUCUUUUUGGCCUUGGAACCAGUGAUAGCAGACAAAUGUUUCAUGAAUGGAACAUGCCGACUGGUUUGCAAAAGUGAUGAACAAAAGCUCUUACGUUGUGCAAAUCGCAAACGAUGCUGUGUCCUCACUCGUUAUUUAACAGUCAAACCGAGGACAGUUGAUAGAGUGCUCCCGUGGACGAAAACUGCUGAUCAGUACCGCUGA